AUGAUCUCCCAAUACGUGGGAAAAGACCACAGAAGCUGGGAUGAGAAUCUAAGCCAAAUAAAAUUUGCCUUUAAUACAGCGCAAAACGAAGGCACAGGAUAUACGCCGGCAUUCUUGAAUAACGGUAGAGAGCUCGCGGGACCUUGCGAAUUAGAACGCAAACAAAGGCCUGGUACGACAUCAACAAAUAUCCACGAACAAUUGAAGGACGCAUAUGAACUAGUAACAUUUCAUAUGGCACGGGCGUUCCAGAAGCAAGAAAAAUCCUACAAUCUGAGGAGAAGGGCCUGGAAACCGCAUAUCGGGGAUAUCGUGUGGAAAUGGGCGCAUACAUUGUCCAACAAAGAGAAAGCUAUCAACUCAAAACUAGCACCAAGACAGAACCAAAGCCCGAAGGGAGAAACUCGUCAGACUACAAUGGACGUAGAUAAAGCUAUCGAAGAACUAUUAACAACCUGGAACGAGACAGAGGCCCAGGCGCUAUGGGACUCGCUGACCAGCUCUGAGGACACAAAACGGAAGGCAGAAGCACAAAGCCAAGCAGCAGGGAAAAAGCUCCCACCAGGGAAAAGACCACCGUCAGACAAACCGGCAAAGCGAAAACCAGCCAUCGCUUGCCUUAAAACUCCACCAACGGCAAGAAUAGCGCAGAAAAAGCUACAAGCGCUGAUAACGCAACAAACGGAUGAACGGCCAGCAACACAGAAACGACGGCCACACAUCAGGCCAUACACGACGGCCACGCCACCAGUAUCCCAGGCACCACCUAAAGAGACCAGCGAGGCGCAGAGAAAACCGGACCAGACAAGGAAACUGCCAGAAAUCAUCUCAGAUACGCCGAUAACAAACAGGAUCCGCAUGGAGACCCGCACUCCGCAAAACCUCCGAGUGGACGAAGUGCUCAGCAGCCUCCGCCGCGACGAUGGCUCCUCGACCAACACCUUGGAGGAGACCGCUAGGCGCCUGCUGGAGGUGCACGUCCCUGAUGACCGGGAGAAUGAGGACACGCUCAGGCAGCGUGAAAUCAGGGGAAGUGCGUUAAUCGUGCCCGACGAUGACGAUGCCCCGCUCUUCACAGAGGUAGAAAUCGUCACUGUCGCGAAAACGCUAAAAUGGGGCAUCUUUCCCUCGAUCUGGAAGGAGGGCUCGCUUAGGGUCUUCCUGAAGGGCGAGGCCAAGGACGCGAAGGACCCGAAGUCUUACAGACCCAUUUGUCUCCUCUCCGUCAUAGGGAAGUUCUUCGAGAAGCUUCUUACGAAGAGACUCGACCAGAUGUCGAUGACGCCUGGAAGACUUUCGGAUCGGCAGUUCGGCUCUAUGGCCGGCAAGUCGACGGAGGACGCGAUCGUCGAGUUGCGUCGGAUGGUCUUCGCCUCCAAGCGGAGAUACGUCUUUGCGCUGCUCUUCGACAUAGCUGGCGCCUUCCACAAUGUCUGGUGGCUACCAGUCAUGGAGGCCUGGAAGAGGCUAGAUUGCCCUCGAAAUAUCUUCCAGCUCCUCCGCAGUUAUUUCAGUAAUAGGAAGAUCAGCAUCUCCUUUGGAGACAUCCGUGUCUCCAAGGUCGCAAGUAGAGGUUGCCCCCAGGGCUCAGUCUUAGGUCCAGCGUGA